AUGCCUCACUCCUACGGUCUGCGCGCCGGCACUCGGUAUGCCUUCAGCCGAAACUUCAAGGAGCACGGUAUGAUCCGUCUCUCCACCUACCUGAAGACUUACCGGGUUGGUGACAUUGUCGACCUCAAGGUCAACGGUGCCGUCCAGAAGGGUAUGCCCCACAAGGUCUUCCACGGCAAGACUGGUGUUGUCUACAACGUCACCAAGUCCUCCGUCGGUGUCAUCAUCUACAAGCGUGUCGACAACCGCUACAUCGAGAAGCGCAUCAACGUCCGCAUCGAGCACGUCCAGCACUCCCGCUCGCGUGAGGAGUUCAUCAACCGUGUCAAGGAGAACGCCCUCAAGAAGAAGGAGGCCAAGGAGAAGGGCAUUCACGUCCACCUGAAGCGCCAGCCCGCCGGCCCCCGCCCCGGCCACGUCGUCUCCCUUGAGGGUAACGCCCCCCGAGACUGUCGCCCCUAUUGCCUACGACACCCACAUCUAAGCGAAUCACGAAAAUGGGACUUUGGGUUCGGUAUGCGUGGUUGUUCGGUGUUUUUUAAACUGGGUUUUCGCCGUUGUUAUCCACCCAGCGGGGUGGAUUGCACUUGGGUUGCAUGA